CGUUUGAUUUGUGUUCCAGGGGUACGCUAUGACCCCCAGGUCCUGCUAACUUCGUACCUGAGGACCUUAUCUCUGCCGCUCAGGAACCAGUUGGCGAAAAAGGCCAACAUUAAUAUGCACAACUUUCCUUCGUUCAGCAAGGUGGCCCUAGACCUAGAAGCAAAGAUAGGGCAUGGACAGGCACCCACUACGGAAGGGAGAAAGAAGACACUGCCUCCCAACUGGAAGGCGAAAGGUCGCAUUAUGUUUGUCGACAACGAUGGAUCAACCAUCGAGUUGGACGGCAACUUCCAGGAGGGAGUAGGUGCAGAGGCAGGCGACGAUACUUCAGAGGGUGGAGUAGUCGCCGCCGUAACCCAACAAAAAGGCGAGCUUGAUGAGCUUCGCCGCCAACUCAAGGAACUCGUAGAGAAGGGUUGGAUCCGGCCGAGUGUCUCUCCUUAUGGGUCUCCAGUUUUAUUCGUGCCUAAGAAGAAGGAGGGAAGGAUGUGCAUUGACUAUAGGGGCCUCAAUGCCAUCACGGUGAAGAACAGAGAGCCCCUACCGCGCAUCGAUGAUCUGUUAGAUAGAGUGCAAGGGUGUCGGUACUUCAGUAAAAUAGAUCUGAAGUCUGGGUACCAUCAAAUUGCAAUCCGGCCCGAGGAUCAACACAAAACCGCAUUUCAGACCAGGUACGGUCUAUACGAGUUUGUGGUGAUGCCUUUUGGUCUUUCCAAUGCUCCUGGCACCUUUCAGCACGCUAUGAAUCGGAUAUUCCAUGACUACUUGGAUAAGUUUGUCGACGUGCACCUCGAUGACAUACUUAUUUUUAGUAAGACUGUCAAGGAACACGUAGCACACUUAGACAAAGUUCUCAGUCUCCUGCGACAGCACAAGUUCAAGAUCAACGGUGAAAAGUGCGAGUUUGGCCGCACUCGUAUCUUGUAUUUGGGUCAUGAGAUCUCCGCGGAAGGGUUGAAGCCCGAUAACGCGAAGGUGGCCAGCAUUCGUGAUUGGCCACGUCCUCAGUCUGUGACUGAGCUGAGAUCUUUCUUAGGAAUGACAGGCUACUAUACGACUUUCGUUAAGAAUUACAGCAUAGUGGCCGCUCCUUUGACUGAUCUGACCCGCCUUGACACCCCUUGGGARYGGACARAUGAGUGCGAGGCUGCUUUCAGACAUCUGAAGCAUGCAUUGACGCACUAUGAAGUCUUGAAGCUACCCGAUCCUGAUAAGCCAUUUAUAGUAACCACGGAUGCUAGCCAAUAUGGCAUUGGCGCCGUGCUUGCGCAGCAGGAGGGGCCAAAGUUGAGGCCAGUAGAGUACAUGUCCAAGAAAAUGCUGUCUCAGAAUUUGGCUAAGUCCACUUAUGAGAAGGAGCUCUGUGCGGUGUACAAGGCUCUCACCCAUUGGAGACACUACCUCCUUGGGCGGUUCUUCAUCCUCCGGACUGAUCAUCAGACCCUGAGAUGGAUGAGAGCACAGCCAGUACUCUCUGACGCUCUCAAGCGUUGGAUCGAAGUCAUUGAGCAAUAUGACUUUGACCCUCAGUAUCUUAAAGGAGAGUACAACAAGGUUGCUGAUGCCUUGUCGCGCAGACCGGACUUCUUAGGUGCGCUGAUUACUGAGUUCGAUCUGACGGACGAUGUUACUCAGUCUUUGGUGGAAGCCUAUCGAGGGCGGUGUGCGAUUGCGAGGGAUUGUGGAGGCUAUGUCAGCGAAGGGAAGAGCGGGGCACGCGGUCGAAGGGGGGGCGACGGCGUUGCUGACCUGGACGGAAAACUCCAUGCAGGACAUGUUGGAGGUCAUUUGGGAAUUGGAGGAAGGGCCGGAUCCCCGGCUGGAAGACCUCCUCGAUUGGCGGCAAGCAAAAACCCUCAUGCAGCGGUGUUAUGCUAUCUUUCGGGAGGGGCAGGAUCUGUGCCAUGCGAUCAUGGCGCAGGCACUUAUGAUGACAUCGGCUGCAACAACGACACUGUCGGCUGCAACAACGACACCGGCAACCGUUUUGUCGACUAUACAUACAUCGGCGGCGGUGACGUCGACAACAACAACAGCAACAAUAACGACAACAACGCCGGCACACGCGAUACCAAGAAUACGAGCUACAUCAGUAACGGUGACGACAGGGGCAGUGCCGGCGAUGGCGAUAACAAUGACUUCGAUAACAACCACAACAACGACGACACAUGUGAAACACGCGACAAUAACAACAAUAACGACAAUACUUACGCCAUUGGGCGUUACCCCAACCGGGGCCUUCCAGAUGCAGUGCCCAACAAGGUGAUGAAGACGGUGUCCACCAUAGCCAGUGGGAGCCUUAACCUGGAGCGGAAGGGUUUUCCGAAGACAUUCCUGUACUGGGGAGAUAUGUUCCAUACGCUAGUCAAUAUUACAAGCACAAAGUUCACAAUCGUGUUGUUUAUCGCCUACUUUCUGCUGUUUGUGGUAUUCGCUGUUCCAUACUACAUUGAGGCCAUUGUACAUAACUCUAUUCCUGGUAUUCACAGCUUCGUUCAUGCUGUCUGGUUCAGUGUUCAAACGUCCAUGACAAUUGGAUAUGGUGGCGAUCUUACUCCGGUGCCUGAGAGCUUCAUAACAAAUGCGGUUGUCGCUUUGCAGUCAGUUACGAGCUUGCUAGUGGCUUACUCUUUACUUGGGGUUGUCUAUGCCAGGUUUUCACGACCAACCAGACGGGCAACUACGAUUGUUUUUAGCAAGAAAAUGGUCAUCAACAAUGAUGGAGGUAUUCCAAGCCUUUCUUUUCGGAUCGGGAACAUCCGCAAACAUCAGCUGAUUGAGGCUAGUGUGCGGAUGCUUGUUGCUUUCAACAAUUUAGAUUCAGAGGACGAGGAUGACAGCGUUUUCCGCUUCAUUAACCUGCAGAUCCGUGGGGGAGGUCAGUUGUUCCUCGCACUGCCAUGUAUCGUCUCACAUGCUAUGGUUUUCGGAAGCCCUCUUCAUAACUUGGACGAAGAGAAAAUGAGGUCGUCAGAUAUGGAGAUUUUGGUGCUCCUUGAAGCAGUGGACUCGUCAACCUCGUCCAAACUCCAAGCUCGCAAAUCUUAUCGGCCUUCGGACAUCAAGAUCAAUUAUAGGUUCAGCUCCAUGGUUCACCGUAUGCCGACAGGUCGCCGUUGUGUGGAUUUUAGCACGUUCCAGAACAUUGAUCCUAUCUCAGAGAAUUCGCCGGACUAUCUUUCAUCGUUCAAUAUGAACCCGGUGCUUGUUGAGACCUCUUCGUACGAGGACUUUUCUCGUCUACAGAAGGCAUUGGAAAACAGAUCUGGGAGUGUGGACGGAAGGCAGAAGGAUGACAGUAAUGCCAGUCAGGUGCAUUCUGCCAUAAGAAGGAUGCAGGGAAAUCCAGACUCAGGCCCGUCCGCCGCAGCAGUGAUGUCCUCGGUUAGAACGACCUUGUCUCACAGUCACCGGGCGGCGAGUGCAGAUUCACUGGUGGUGAGAGGGGCGCAGUCAGUAGCGUCAGAGGCGGAGGAUAUGGAACUCGGGAUUCCGCGGGAGUACAAGGCUGGCCUGGCGUCGCCGCCGCGGCAAACGUCACCAACAAGCCAAAUGUUGCAGAGAGGAUCAGGUAGUGGCAUAGUAAUACCGAAGAGGAAGAAGUAUGCCCAUCACAGGGAAGCAGGUCUCCUGGAGAGGAGGAGGAAGAGAGAAGCCGUGCUUUCACAGCUCCUCUUGGAAGGCCCUAAUUCUGCCACUUUACAGGUCCUCGAGCACGCGGCUUCAACUAAGGUUCAAGAAUGCGAGGCACAGGCACGGAAAUGGCGCAAUGCGCUUAUGGAGCUCGCCGCUCACGUGAUCGACGGAGAUCCGGAACAAGCUCGUCAGCAAGCGAGAAAAGCUAUGGCUAUGGUUAUUGGAUCCUCAUCAAACAGUUAACUAGGCGGUGUGCCGCUCAGGGGGCCAUCCACAUAGCCAUCUACCUUAGGUAUGGUGAACUGAAGAGCAUGAGACAGUGAUCGCCCAUGCAGACAGAAAAAAAAAAAAAUCAAAGGCCUCUUGCAUCGAGUGCCUUCUAUUUGUGAGCGUCAUCAUCAAGAAAGUCGGAGUGACAGUUGGCGAGCGUCGGUACUGGUAAUGUGCAGGACUGCGGAAGGGAACGGAACUAAGUUCCGACCUACUGGUUCCCAAUUUUAACCUUUGAGCUGCCACAUAGAGGAUGUGAAAAUAGCCUUAAAAGUUAAAAGUUAAAACUGAAAAGGUUUGCCUGUAAGAUAGGGUGAGCGUUCUGUCAUGUUCUUUAGGGAACGGUGGCAGCUCAGGCAUGUCCGUCGAGACAUGGUGGCAGUUCUGCGACAACGGCAAGAUUGAUGGGGGGCAUUUCUGCAAGAACUGCGAGACAUGGCGGUGAUAUUUCUGUCUUCUCUGCGACCGCUGUGGCACAUCUGUUAAACCACCAGAGUACUUCCGAAGCACUUUUCUCCAAUCCUGCCUGGAAACGCCCUGCACGCCAGAAGAAAACGAAACAACGCGGCCUCCUUUUGGCGGGCGCCACCAGCCAUUUUGCUUCGAAGGCCAAGCCCUGAAAGUCGCGGCACGUACAUGACAAUCGCCCGCGGCCAAUGUGUGGGCCAAGUACUGGUGGUUUAAGAUGUGGGACCGGUUCUGCGAUGACUGAAAGAUAUGGUGGUGGCAUUUCCAUCACGUCAGGUGGUGGGCGGCAGCGGCUCUGCGAUGACGGCAAGAUGCUGUGGUGGCAUGUCUGUCACCUCUGCGGCAGUUGUGGCACUUAUGUCAAACCACCAGUCGUACACCAGGGCCUGGAAGCGCUGCACCGCGCGCCAAGCGCUUUCCCAACUGCCGGCAAUGCACUUCGUUUCUCUUUUGGCUGGCAGAACGCCGGCCAUUGCGGUUUGGUAGGCCAGAGCCGCGAAGUGUUUUCUGAGUAGGCGACGAACAAAUAUCUGCAAGGCUGGGGCUGUGCGCUGGUGGUUUAAGAUCCGGUAGUGGGUGGCAUUUCUGUCAUGUUUGUGUCAGAUCUUGCAUGUCUGUUAAGAGGUGGUGGCAUCGGUUCUGUGACGACUUGCCGACGCAUGUUGGCAUUUAUGUCGUGUCUGUGGCCGCCAUGGCAUCUGUCCCUGGUAAGAGAGGUAGCGGUGCGACCAUCACAGGACGAUAUGGCGGCAUUUCUGCCGUGUUUGUUAAGAGAUAUAGUGCCAUUUCUCCUUUCAUGUUUGUGAGAUAUCGUGACGGAUCUGCCAUCCUCGUUAAGGAAUGGCCGCAGCUCCUAGAUGAAAUGGCCGCACUUCUGCAAUGACAGUACAGUAAGGUGGUGUUUCUGGCAUCAAUGAUGUAUGUCGCAGCAUCCUUGAUUUGGUUUUAAUGCAAAGCAAACAUCCCUUUUAAAAAAAAAAAAAACAUGUAUGUGGCAGCUCUGGCAUACCUGAGGAGGUAUGGUUGGGGUUCUGACAUAACGGCAGCAAGAGAAAUGAUGGGAAUUUCUGUGAUUUGCGCUGAUUUCUGGUAAGAUAUGAUGGCAUUUCUAUCACGUCUGUUAUAUGUGUGGCAGCUCGGCCAUGUCUGUUGCAAGGUCUGGUGGCACAUUGCUAUGGCAGU